AUGUUUGAUGUUGUGUUUGGAUUCGUUGGUGGUAGGGUUGACGAUGAAAUAGUAACAUGGUUACGUUCGUGGUUUAUGGUCAGUGUCCGAGUAUCUUAUAUUUUAACACAUGAUGCAUCAAUGAUGAUUAUACAACAAUCAAUAGAUAAUGCACAAUUACCUCAAACAACAUCGUUACUUAAUGAUUGUAAUAUUGAUACAUAUCAACCAUCAUUUUUGCAACCAAAUUUAAUCACUUCAACACCUAUUCGUAAUGAAAAUACUUUUCAAACAUAUCAGAGAGAUAUAUUAUUAAUACAUAAUAAUAAUGAUUUAUCAUUAGAUGAUACAUAUGGUCAGUUAGAUUCAGAUGAUUCAACAGCAGCAAGUGGUGAUUUUUCUCUUUCAUUUUCACAAAUAUCAUGUAUAAUGAGGGUUAUUCCGAAUUCACUUAUAAGCCUCCAAUCAAUAAAAAUAGGAUGA